AUGAACAUGAAUAUGGAUCCGAACGCCAUGAGCCCGUGGUUCACGGCUCCAGAGGGCGAGUACCCGCCCAUGAACGCGCAGCCCACACACCCGAACAGCAACAACAGCGGAGCAGGCUUUCAUCCGGCGCCAGGCUCGUCCAAUGGUCUCAGCGGGACCGUCGGCUCCAACGCCGGCUAUUAUGAUGACGACGGCGGCGACGACGAGUUCGCCAACGAGCCACCGCUUCUGGAAGAACUGGGCAUCAACUUCGACCACAUUUGGGCCAAGACGGUGUCUGUGCUGCUCCCUACCAAGCAGAUUAAUGAGCACAUUCUAGACGACGCGGAUCUGGCAGGACCGCUCGUCUUCUGCUUCCUCUUCGGCGUUUGUCUGCUACUGGUACGCUAA